AGCACAAAGUACGACAAGGACGGCAUCGACGUCGUGUUCCUCAACAACGACGGCGCGCGCCUCGAGCACGUCGUCGACCCGGCCGUCGUCGAGCGCACGUUCCGCGAGGUCGAGCCGUUCGGGAGCACGCCGACGGGCAUGGUGCUCGACGAGGUGCUGCGAGCGUACGUCGAGCAAGUCGAGGACGCCAAGGCGACGCGCGAGCGCGUCAAGCCGUUGCUCGUGCUCGUCCUCACCGAUGGCAGGGCCGACGACCCGGACAUGGUCAAGGACAUCAUCGUCGAGAUGGCGCAGCGCCUCGACGAGGUUCGCGCGCCGCCGUACCAGCUCGGGCUCCAGUUUAUCCAGAUCGGCGCCGACCCGGACGCGCGCGCGUUCCUCCAGGAACUCGACGACGACCUCAAGCCCCAGCUCGGCGUGCGCGACAUGGUCGACUGCACGCCCUACGCCGGCGAGAUCUCGCCCGAGUUCCUCCUCAAGGCGGCGCUCGGGAGCGUCAACAAAGCGCUCGACGGCUGA